GCAAAAAAAAUUCAGGAAAAAUGCUACAUAGUUAACAAUAUUGUUGUCCAAUAUUCUUUCAUCAAGAAUUAAGAUUAUAACUAAGGCCAACAUAGAUUCUAGCGUGCCACACAAGAGCUACUUCUUGUCCAUAUGUAAAGCUAUUGUACUGCAGCAAUUAAACAUCAGUAACGUUGUGUGUAUAACUUUUGAGGGUGUCUAGCACAAGUAGCUUUAGCAUGGAGAUUUCAAUUGAUGAAGAGAAAUCCACCCAACAACUUACAAGCAAAAAGGGUGGCGUUCGAACCAUGCCUUUUAUCAUAGGUGAUAUCAUACACCUGUUUCUACUUAUGCACACACACAUCAGUAGUAAAUAUGCGAUUUCCAACUUUUUCUCUUCUUUUUCUUUCAGCAAAUGAGACCUUCGAAAAUGUUGCAAGUGUAGGUCUGCAUAUAAAUAUGAUAUUGUACUUACUGUAUGAGUAUCAUUUUGAUCCUGCAACCGGAGCUAUCAUUAUAUUCCUGUGGAAUGCCAUGUCCAAUUUCAUGCCUAUCUUUGGCGCUUUUCUUUCUGAUUCUCUCCUUGGAAGAUUUCGUGUUAUUGCAGGAGGAACUGUCAUGGAGCUUCUUGGCCUAGUUGUGUUGUGGCUUACUGCAAUCAUACGGAGUGCAAGGCCUCCGGAGUGUCACGCGCAGCCAUGUCCAACUCCGACGCCACCUCAACUGCUGCUUCUUAUCUCUUCCCUUGCUUUAACAGCUAUAGGAGCUGGUGGCAUUAGGCCAUGCUCCAUAGCCUUUGGUGCUGAUCAAAUCAACCACCCUGAGAACCCUCAAAAUGAGAGGAAUAUGAAGAGCUUCUUCAAUUGGUACUAUGUUUCGGUUGGAAUAUCAGUGAUGGUGGCAGUGAUAUUCAUUGUGUACAUUCAAGCCAAAUAUGGAUGGAUUGUAGGUUUUGGGAUUCCUGUAGGGCUAAUGAUAGUUUCAGCAACAGUGUUCUUCUUGGGUUCUCUCUUGUAUGUCAAAGUGAAACCAAAUAAGAGUUUAUUCACAGGAUUUGCACAAGUGAUUGCCGCAGCUUGGAAAAACAGACACUUGGCCUUGCCUCCUAACAAUUCUGAAACCAGUUGGUAUUUCAAAAAUGGAUCAAAUCUCGUUGAACCAACAAAUAAAGCAAGGUACCUGAACAAGGCUUGCAUGAUCAAGAACAGAGAGAGAGAGUUGGACUCUGAUGGAAUUCCGGUUGAUCCAUGGAAUCUAUGCACAGUGAGACAAGUGGAAGAGUUGAAAGCAAUUAUCAAAGUGCUUCCCAUGUGGUCCACCGGAAUCAUCCUUGCCACCAUCAUCUCCCAGCACAGUUUCUCUGUGGUCCAAGCAGGCAGCAUGGACCGCCACCUCUUUGGAUUAGAGCUUCCACCAACUAGCUUCAGUGUCUUCUUGAUCCUCUCUUUAACCAUAUGGGUUGCCAUCUACGACCGCCUCCUAAUUCCCUUGCUGAAAUCAAGAGGACUGACAUUGAAGCAUAGAAUGGGAGCAGGGUUAGUACUCUCAUGUUUGGCCAUGGUAGUUGCAGCAUUGGUAGAGAGGAAGAGAAGGAACGAAGCCAUAAAAGAAGGGUUCAUAGACAACCCAAAAGGUGUGGUUCACAUGUCUGCAAUGUGGCUUGUUCCGCAGUAUUGCUUAACUGGUUUAGCUGAGGCUCUUAAUGCGAUUGGACAGAUAGAAUUCUAUUACUCUCAGUUCCCUAAAACAAUGUCAAGCAUUGCUGUUGCACUCUUCUACCUUGGAUUAGGGAUGGGGAACCUUGUAGCCAGCAUCAUUGUUAAGGUUGUGAAUGUUGGAACAAGGAGAUCAAAUGGAGUGAGUUGGUUAUCGACCAAUCUUAACAGAGGAUACUAUGAUUAUUACUAUGCGCUGCUCUCUAUUCUAAGUUUUAUUAAUGUCUUGUACUUUCUUUUAUGUAGUUGGAUUUAUGGGAAUACUCAAGAUAUUAAUAAUUGGGAUGAUGAACAAGAGGCUGAUCAUGGCAUACACAAAAUUUGAGGAUUCAAAUUGAACUACUUAAACUCGUACUACUUUUUUAACUAGGGGUGUGCAUGGCCCGGCCCGACCCGAACAUUCGGCUCGGAUCCGAACACUUUAGGGGUUAAUUUGGUGUGAUUUCACCGGGUUUAG